CUCAACAGCAAUGGCGGAAAUCACCGAACCUCUCAUCUCUGCAAAUCAACCACCUCAACCAAACGGGCCACCUCCAGACUUCGAUCCCGAAACCAUGCGCAAAACCAAGCCCGGCCUCAAGCGCCUCAUCAUAACCGUCUCAGUCCUCUUCUCCUUCAUUCUAGGCGUGCCGUUGAUAUACAAAUCGGUAGAAAUUUACCGCGCGCCAUUACCGUUCCUGGAAAUUGAUUCACUCUCAUCCGAAAUCGACUCGACUCCGCUUCUAUUCCCAUGUCGAUUCCAAGCCAUCCUCCUCGGCUUCGGCUCCAAAUCCUCCACCGCCUCUCUCGAAUCUUCCAUUCUUCUCCAAAUGACCAAACUGACCCUGCAGACGCCUCCAUGCGGCACCUGCAGCCCCAACCGCACCGUCUCUGUCCUCCUGGGCGCUCCAAUCUCCGGCGUUGAUUUCGACGCCGACGAUGAGGCUGUGGACGAGGCUCUGGAGGCUGCGGUCGGGGCCGGUUAUGGCUCCGGCGGAGGAGGGGAGGUGUAUACGGUGGUGGUGGUGAAUAGGGGCGGGGAGGAGGUUAGAGGCGUGGUGGGGAAGUAUAGGCAUGCUUGGAUUGUUGGGAGGGUUGAGGAGGAGGAGGCGGCGGCCAUGGCGGCGGAGGUGUUUGUCAGAGUGUUUGUGAAUGGUGGGAAGGAGGAAGGGUUGAUUCACGGCGAGUUUAUGCCAGUUGGUGCUGAUGGAACUCUUGUUCUCUCGUUUAAUUUGCUUAAUGCUGAUCCUCGAGAUUGGAUUUAUGAUUGGGACUUUCAGACAGUAGAGGUGACUCUGUUGACUCCAAUAAUUGAGGCUAUGAAACCAGUAGCAAACAUAAGUGUGGAAAGUCAGGUGUUAUACCAUGUGCCAAAGUCCUCAUUGUCUUACUGGGAUGACAAGUGGAACAGUUACGUAUUUGAAACCAAGGAUCUUCCUUUCUUUGUUAAUUCGAACGAAUGGCACCUGGAUACAUCCGUUGCAGCUGGUGGGAGGUCAAAGAUGUUGCACUUUGUGGUGUAUGUACCGUCUGCAAAGGAGUGCCCUCUUCUUUUACAGCUUCCAAACGGGCAAAUUUCCAAGACUAAUAGCUUUAUAUCUCCAAUGUGGGGAGGUGUUAUUGUGUUGAACCCCCAAACAUGCAGAAAGGAUUCAGAAAGUAAGCAUCCUUCUAGGCAUACAAUCUUGCAUGAGGAUCUGCAGAAGGUGUUUGAAGUUUUCAUGGGGCAGUUCCGCCAACUUUUUAGUUUUAAGUCUGAUAACCUGUAUGUUGGGGCUUCAGGGACAUACAACCUAUUACCUAGCGAAAGAGGCUUCACAGUAUGGGAAUUGGAUGUUUUGUCACGCAUGCAUACGUGCUUCAAUCUCCAUUCAUGUGCCACAACCCUUGGGUCUCUCUCCAGAUUGGUUCAAUCAUUGCCGAGGAUGAUUAUAAAAGAUGAGAUUGGAAAGCAGGUGAAGUAUUCUCUGGAGGCAGCAAAGUUGGCUCAAAGUAAUGCCUCUGUCGGUGUUUAUGAUGCUUCUGCUGUGUCCUCUAGGCAAGCAAGGUCUCUAGCAGAGGAUGCCUUUUUUCAUCCAUCGAUCAUGUCGGUCAGCUACUACUCGUUUGAGCAUUGUUUCGCCGUCUACUCGCCUUUCUUUCUGCCAGUUUCGAUGCAUGUUAUAUUGGCGGCUCUAAGAGAAUGGAGAAGAUACAAAAAAGAAAAUAAGAAGUACUUGGCUUGGAGGGCCAAAAUGCAGGAUGCAUCUUAAUAAGUUGUCCUGGAGCCGAUAUUAUUUGGUUUGAAGGCCAGAAGACAUCCAAAGAGCAAUGCAGGUGGCGUUUUCGGAUUGUGGCCUAAGUGACUCAUGAAGUAGAAACUAAGAGUAAUGAUAGAUCUAACAUCCAUCCCAAUUUGUUCAACAAUGGAUACAUAUGCCGUCAAAUGUAUUCUCACGCUUGGUUGAUGGUUCUAAUCUUUUGACAAGUCGGCGAACAAUAUUUAUAUAAUGCUAUGAUAAACUU